AUGAAUGCAGAACGACUUCGAGAUAUCAUAAUGGUGGCAUUGUCAAAAUUGUCUUCUGCUAAUGCUACAGAUAAGGCUUUGGUUUGUGACCAGGGUGGAAGUAUCUGUAGAUUGUUUGGUCUCCUAGGAACAGAAUCUGCAAAGCCAUUCUUCUAUUUUAAUGGGCAGAAGGUUUUUUGUUUGUUCGAUCCACCACACCUUUUAAAAAAUUUACGACGUAGCCUUAUGAAAUAUGACCUCCAAACUAAUAAAGGACUUGUGUCAUUCAAGCACAUUCGAGAUUUUUACACAGUGGAUCAAACACUUCUUGUUCGCUGUGCACCAAAAAUUACCGAUGCACACAUAUACGUGGCUGGCAUGAAUUCCAUGAAAGUUGCGCUUGCUGCGCAAGUUUUUAGCCACACAGUAGCAGCAGGAAUGAAUAUGUGUGUCCUAUCUGGACUAAUAGAAGCAAGUGCUGCUCCAACGGUAGAAUUUAUACAAGAGAUAGACAAUUUGUUCGAUUCUAUGAAUGGAAUUCGAAAAAAUCCCUUAAGGGGGAAAACAAUUACAUUGUGCUGUAACAGAAGGUUCUGA